AUGGCAGACUUCGAGGACCUCUUCCGUCACGCACCGGAACAUCGUGUGAUUGUUUGCCGAAAAUGUAGAUACGCGCCGGUACCCGACCAAAUUCAGCGGCAUCUCAAGGAUCACCACCCGCAAAUAUCCGUGGAGCAACGCGGAGAAAUCGCUCUGACCGUAGAGUCCCUCCCCGAUCUAGCACGUCGACCGCAGGACGUCAUCUACCCUCCCGAUUCGCGUGCUCCCAUCGAUGGUCUCGGCGUGUUGUUCGAAUGUCUUCGGUGUACGUGGCGCGAGCCCACCGGAAGACGGUGCCGUUAUGCGUGUCGCGCGGUCAAACGAAUGCAGAGGCACUGCAAAGAAGAGCAUCAAUGGGUGAACCAGCAACAGCGAGGAGGGGAUAGCCGGUCGAAGCAGCAGCACGCUCCGAACAAGAUGUGGGAAUCCGGACGUGCAUGCCAGCGCUUCUUCAAGGUUGGAGAGUGGCAGCGAUACUUCGAGGUGGCCGCGAGCGGUCCGUCAUCGAAUCGUCGCGAGGUUGACGAUCGACGGGCCCGAUUCUUUCGGCAGCAAGAAGAUGACAUCCAGCAGGCCCAUCACGAUGCCUCCGUGGCGGCCAAUAUGGUGGAGGGAUUCGACAGCCACCGCAGCACCGUGCUUCCGUGGCUUCAAACGACGGGCAUCGUCGAUCACGUCGGCGGUUUGAAGAAGGAUGAGAUCCAAGCGGCCAUCGUCUUGACGAUAUCCGAUGAAGAACUAGGCUUGGAGAGGAUCUUCAAGACCAUGGAAGACGUCCUGCGCCAGGCGCACGGCUACUGUUUCGAUGGGCCCGAGUGUAUGUUGACGUGGCAGUGUCGCGUCGUCCUCGGCCGUUUUCAGUCCGCCCAGGUCGAGACUCUCGGCAAGACCAGAGCGUUUGAACCUCACAAGAAUCCGGGGACCCUCCGGAAAUACUUCCGGCCCGCGAAACAGCUGCUGGCAUACAUCUAUCGCGUCGUGGCCAAUCGAGGUCAUCACUUCACCUGCGACUCGGACGACUUUCGACGACCGGAGGACGUGGUCACACUGACAUCGGAUCAGGCGCGGGCCUGGCGUUCGAUCCACCGGCUGAUGCGGGAGACCCGCGACGAGGAUUCUUCCCAGCCAUCCGUCGAGCUGCACGGUCGACUCCUCGAAUUCUGGAUGCUCCUCAUCCGCGACACCACCGGUGCGCGACGCUAUCGGUCGCCGUUGGUGAGCUUCUGCGCCAUGCUGAGCAUCAAGCCGUCGACGUCGAGCUGGAUGGAGCCCGGCAAUUUCAGCAGCCAUCUUUCGGCCAUCAUCUGGAUCGUCCAGCUGCUCAUCUUCUACGACAGCGCUCGCAAGGAGAGGGAUGGAGACGGCACGACGCUCUCGCACAUCAAGCGGUGCUGCGAGGAUUAUCUCCAACAGACGGUCGAGACCCCGAUGGGCCAGCUCUUGCGAUGGCGUCUGUUGCUCUUCCACGUCGCCCAGAACACCGUCGGGCAGCACCAGGCGACCUGGAACGAGGCCGAGGACAUCGUCAGUUUCGAAGGGACCGAUCUGCACCUGGACGACGUUCCGGCGUUGUUGAAGUCCGAAUACGACGAGUGUCGGCGGCUGCUUCACGAGGAUCUCAUGUUUGGAUCGACGGACUGCCUGCGAGUCCACGCCGACGCCUUGAAGGACAGUCCCGAGGUCCAAACCGUCGGAUGGGACUUCACGCAGCAUCGAGACAACCGGACACUGCUCCAGAACCGGGAGCGGAGGCUGUUGCGGGUCAUCGAACGGUCGGAGACGCUGCGUGACCUAUUUCUGGCCGAGGGCCAACCAGCCGACGGGGCGGUGGUCUGGCGCGAGAGUGCCCUGGCCACCUACGAGACUACCGUGCAAGAUUUCCUCCAGCGCCUGUGCACCAUCAUCCACAUCAGCGGCGGCCAGCCCGUCCGCGAACCCGAAUUCUUCUCCAUGACCUGGUGCAAUACGCAACGACCGCGGAGGAUCACGAUCCGUCACCGGCGGGUGAUGAUCCAUCUUCAAUAUCACAAAAGCCAACAACAGACGGGCCAGCUCCGGGAGAACAUCCGCUUUCUGGCUCGUCCGGUGUCCAAUCUCCUGCUCGACUAUCUGGUGUACGUUCAACCGCUCCGUCGAACCUUCCUCCGCCAGUCGUCUCCCCGGGCCACCCUCUCGCCCUUUCUGUUCGAGAAAGAUGGGCGGGUCUGGCCGGACAGUCAGCUGACCCGGUGUCUCGAGCGAUCCAGUGUCCGGGCGGGCGUAUCACGACUCCACAUCUCCAAUUGGCGGCAGAUGACGGUCGCGAUCGUCAAGACCAAGUUCGCGAACCACAUCGGCCACUUCGAGGACGACGACGACGACGAGGGUGCGGAGGAGGCGGAUCUCGACGUUCGUGCCAUGACGAAGCAGCGCAACCACAAGACGCGGACGGUGAAUCGCGCGUACGCCAACCAAACGGCGCCGAUGUUCGGGAACGUGUGGGAUGGUCUGCUGCGGAUGAACCUCCGGGCCUCGACGCUCUGGCAGGACUUCUGGGGCAUCGACAUCAUCCUUCGAGACCGGAAACGGAAGGGCGAGGAUCCCACGGAUCGCGAGCGGCAUCUAUCGACCGCGCCCGCCGUGGUCGUCGGAGGCCCUGCUGGCGGGACUGCGGCAGUUGUACCGGGACGACUCGAUGGUCUGGAGAACGGCGGAGCAAGAGCAGACUCUUGUGAAGAUCAUGUCCUGGACCGAUCAGGUCGUGGCCAUCCUGCCGACCGGGGCCGGGAAGAGCCUGUCUUCAUGCUGCCCUGUGCCCUCCCCGGCGCCGGCGUCACCAUCCUCAUCGUCCCGCUCGUGGCCCUCCGGAUCAACAUGAUCCAGCGCCUCGACCAGCUCCACAUCGACCAUCUCGAGUGGUCUCCCGGCGAGCGGCGGGAAGCCGCCCUGGUGGUCGUCAGUGCGGAAGCCGCAUGCCAAUCCGACUUCCGGAAAUAUGCCACCGCUCUGCGGGCCCGGCAGCGACUGGAUCGAAUCGUCGUGGACGAGUGCCAUCUGACCGUCACUGCCGCGGGUUAUCGAUCCAGUCUCGUCGACGUGACCGCCCUGCGAGGUCUCCGAACGCAGUUCGUCUACCUGACGGCGACGCUUCCUCCGUCGAUGCUGGCGGAGUUCGAGGAGCGCAACUACCUGCACCACCCCACGGUCAUCCGGGCGUCGAGCAACCGGCCGAACAUCAAGUAUACGGUCGCAAGGGCCAAAUCGGGCGAGGUCAGCCUUCUGGAGCAGGCGGCCGGGAAGGCGCGAGACGCCUGGGAUCGAUCGGAUCAAUUCGAUCACGGCCGGGACAAAAUCAUCCUCUACGUGCGUUCCGUUCGCGAUGGGGAGAGUCUGGCCGACAUGCUGGGCAGCGAAUGCUACACGGCAGAAAGCGGCACCGUCGACGAGAAGCGGGCGAUCCUCGACCGAUGGACCACCGAUCCCCUUCGGCCCUGCAUCGUCGCCACGUCCGCACUCGCCGAAGGUUUCGACCACCCUUAUGUACGCUUCGUCAUCAACGUGGGCGAGCCACCGUCGCUCAUCACUUUCUCGCAAGAGUCCGGACCGGCGGGCCGGGAUGGGCAACGUGCCGAUUCCCUCGUGCUCCUCCCCUCGAAAUGGAAGCCUUCCGCUGUCGAGCCGGGCACUCUCGACGACACCGUCCGCUCGAGAGACGAUGCGAGUCUGGCGAAGCAAUGA